GCGAAAUAUUUGACGGUAUACACAUUGCUGAUGAUAGCAAUGACUUGGAAGUUCUUCUCCAUGAACUUGAAACAUGCUGUUCUUUUGACUGUCAUGAAUACAUUGAUGGAUUUUCUAAUUCAGACCAUGGGAAAUCUAUACCUGAUGUCCUUUCAACUAUCAAAGGCCCAUGGGCUUUCAUUUACUGGCAGGAUAAGUCAAAAACUAUGUGGUUUGGUCGAGAUGCAUUCGGUAGAAGAAGUCUCCUGGUCCACUGGCCAACAUGCACCGACUCUAGAUUUAUUCUAUCUUCAGUUUCACCGCCUUUAUUUGUAGAAAACCAUUCAGGUUCAAACUUCAUAAAGAAUGGACUUGAAAAUGAGAUGGCUAAUGUUGUUACAAGUUCAGCAAAUGAAAUUUGCUACUGGGAAGAACUUCCUUGUGGAAUUUACAGCAUAGAGUUAAAUAUCUCAAAUAAAAAUGUGCAAUUCAUGAAGGAAGACUUGUUAGGUGUUGUUCGAAAGCACAGAUGGAGGAAUCCCCGAUUAAGUAAAGUUAUCUCAUGGGAUCGAUUGCUCCUGGAUCCCAAGAUAGAACACGUUCAUCCAAUUCAAACAGAGCAACUUCCACUACCAGCCGAUUGUUUAAUAG